AUGGAGGGUCAAACAUGCCAGUCUUUAUACAAGGUACUGGUCCAAGAACCGUUGGAAGAGCAAUACACCCUUUCUUUUGUACCUAAUCGGCCUGAUUUACCGAAGCAUGAUCUCUUUUUAACCAUAAAUGAACCGAACUGCCAUGAAAUAAUCUGUUUUAAGAGCACCUGGUUAAUGAUAUUCAGAGAAGCACACGACUAUAUUAACGAUAAAAUACUACAUUCAAAUACUAACAGCAAUGGUACCGUAGAUCAAUUUCUUCUAUACCAGAUGACGAUUGGGUUGUUGAUGACGACCGCGGAAAACAAAAUGAAUCUGAAUCUUCACAAGGGUGCGUUUUUCCGUUGUUUAACCUCAAGCGAGGAGGACCUCAAGUUUUUGCGGAGGGAAAUAGCAGUGGUCAGUAGACUAUUAACUUGCACAAACAAUAAAAUUAACAAGUCGUCUUCACUUUGGUGUUGGUACAGACAGCUUUUCGCCCUUUGGAAUCGGUAUCGCUUACCACUUGACCUAUGGGACACUGAUAUAUUUAUGAGGUCCGGGUCUAAACACUUCUCCAAUUACUACUGUUGGAAUACAUGUCGGUGGAUAUUUGACAAUUUGACAGACUUCACAGUCAAAGAAAAGUUGUUCCAUGAGACGAAACGUUUUGCGUUCCAGAAUACGAGGGACAGCUCGUGUUGGCAUGCAUUAACAUAUAUGGCUUGUCAACAGCAAACGAAGAACAUAUUUGCAAUAAAGGAUUACGAGACCUUGAAUAAGGGAAGAGUAGAAGGCACUCCUGAAAUCGUCUGGCUACCCGUUGAAAUCUUGAAGCUUCAAAACGAGAUAGUCAAGUUUAUAGAUACGUUUACGAUAAGUGAAUGGCCUGCGUAUUUGUUUUUGCUAAGCAUUGUCCAGGUGUUUUCCUUGCCCCACACUCUCUUCCAUCCAUGGAUGAAUGAUGUAUACAGGUUUGAGGAAGAAAACGGCAUGAUUCAGCUACAGUGGGGAUUCUAUAGUGUGAUACCGAAAGCUCUUGAGGUUGACCUGUUGAAAUACAGUAUGGCAAGGCACAUGGCCAUGAAGAAAACAUUCUUUAUAAAAUUGGGCGCACGAAGAUAA